CAGAUCCUAUACCUCUAUGCGUACAUUUCUAUAUAAGCAUAUAAACGAAGUAAAUAAUAACGAAAGAAAUAAAAGAUAUAAAUUUAAGUGUUCUUAUAUAUAUUCUAAUUACCGUUAGCGUAUCUUGUUACGCACAUUUGACAAUAUUGUUAUAUUAUUAUCACAUAUUGUCAGACAAUAAAAAUGCAAUAUGUAUGAACGAAUCGCAAGUAAUUGGGCCUUUGGCCAGUAUUCUCUGCUUGAUUCAACGAAUUUUCUGCCUUUUUUCCCAAAUUUAUGGAAUAAACAAGCUAUCGGCUCGCGUUAUUCAAAUGACACGAAGGUACGAGACACUGAUGUACUCGUGGGAUAUCUUAUUCUAUUCUGGGUGAUACUGUAUUUUCUCUAUGAGAAAUGUUUUAAUUCACUAUUUAGGCGUAUGCGCUUUCCAUUGAUACAACGAAGCAGGAUAAUCAAGGCAGCAUGGAACUGUGGAUUUUGUUUUGGUAGUGUAUGUUACAUGAAGUCAUCAGCUACUCAAAUCUUGAAUUUUACAUCGCAAGACCUGGGAAUAACAUAUCAGGAAUUAGGGCUUGCAUUGCACAAGAGCUUUUACUUUCAUCAAGCGGGAAUCGACAUAUUGUGCUAUGGUGCUUGGAUGAAGGGCUGUGCAAACUUACUCUUUGCGUCUUUCAUCUUGAAUCCAUAUCAGCAAAAUUAUAGGUGGUGUACAGUUACAAGUACUUUUUUACUAUACAAAACUAUUGACAUUGUGAUAGUUAAUGUUUGUCAAAUGCUGUUAUGCAUUUUUCAAACCAUUGGACGACCAAUUUGCAAGCUGUUAUUUUUAUUCCACUGCCUAACUUGGAUGUAUUUAUACUUGUAUUAUGUGCCUAUAUAUAUGCUUUGGUCAGAAGAAGUUGAAUAUGCAAGGACUGAACCUGGUUUAUGGCUUUGGUUUGCAGCAGAGUGCCUAGAUUCGGUAUGGUUAAGACUUAUUGGACAUGCAAAAGCUACACAUUGGCUCGAAAUUUGCCUGUUUCCACCACCGACGCAAGAGGCGAUUGAAUUAGCAGGUAUUCAUAAAAGGCAUAAAGAAUCUUUGAAGAAAUUUAGUAACAAAACACAUGCAGCAAAGAGAAUUGAAUUAUGGCAAACUCUAGUAUGCGCGAUGGCAAUUAAAAAAAAAAUUAAAAGAAUUCGUCAAGCUAAAAAUAAUGUAGAUGUAUCAACAGAAGAUUCUAAAAAUACAGAAUUGCAGGAAACAAAUAUAUUAAACGACGAGUUAGAGGAGGAUUAGUGAAUUUAUACAAUUCUAAAAAAUAACAUUUGCGGAAUUACAACAACAAUUUACAAUACGACUUCUUUAAACGAAUUUAUUUACACUAUAAAAGAAAGUAAAUAUUGUGAUGUCGAGAACAUCGAAUUAUACGAAUUUUUUUUUAGAAUUAUAUGUAAAUUGUUU